CGCGACUUGGCCGACAUGCAGGCGUACCUGGAGAUGCACGGCCGAAAGGCACGCGAAGCACUGCGCUUUGGCCCCCGCAUCAGGGCUUGUUUUGAUCGCUUGCGCAUGCGUCUGUCCGGUCUCUUCUUCCACGAGUAUUUCUGGGUUCCUUUCAGCCUCCUGGUCGCUCUUCUGGUCGGCCACUGCCUCGGCCUUUGGACUGGCCUCUCUAGCCGCCUGUUCGCUAACUUGCCCACGCUGCUGUACGCUCUCUUCUGCAUUCGCCUGUCCACUAUCCUGUUCAACCGGGUGUUCUGAUCUGCUGUUGCUCAUUGCCCCCCCCCCUGCUGCUGCGCGCACCUCCUCUUCUUUUCUAUUGUCUUUGCUCUCUCGGUUCCAUAUCUAGUGUUUCCUGUGCGGGAUGCCAAGACCUACCCUGUGGCUGAGGCUG